CAGGAGGGAGACAGACUUCUCUUCAGCCACUGAAGGCAAUAUGAAGAUGAUUCUACUUGUCGUUGUGCUUGCAUUCCAUUGGCCAGUUUUGCGAGCUCUAUUCACUGUGGAAAUGAUUAAAACCUUGUAUCUUGCCGAGUUUGGAAACACUGUCAAAAUGGAGUGUAGAUUCCCGACAGGAGGCAGUCUGGAUAGUAUAAAUGUGUAUUGGCACCGCAUGUUGUCUAACGGCUCGGAGUAUGAAGUGUAUACGCUGGUAAAUGGGAAUGAGGACCUGCAAUCACAGCACCCUGUGUAUAAAGGGAGAGCCCAUAUGAAGCCAGACCUGCUCAGGAAGGGGCGGGCGGAGCUGGAGAUCUCCAAUGUUAAGAUUUCUGACUCUGGCUCAUACAGGUGUCUCAUCAAAAUGGGAGGGGCUGACUACAAACAUGCCACCCUUAGUGUUACAGCACCCUACAAGAUAAAAACCCAUGUAAAGGAACUUCCUAAAAAUGCAGAUCAUAAGGAUGCAGAACUGUCAUGUGAAUCUGAAGGAUACCCCCCAGUAAAGGUGCUCUGGAAGGACGGGAAUGAUCAAGACCUCAGCAAAAAAGCUACUAGUAAACAUUCUGUCACUGCAGAUCAGCUGUUCCACAUAUCAAGCCUCCUGAUUGUAAGUGCGAGCACCAACAACACAUACCACUGCAUACUCUGGAAUGAAACCAUGGAGGAGACUUACAAUGCCAGUCUCAGAAUCCCAGCAGAUAUAAAGACUGUUGAUCCCGCUAUUGCAGAUGGUCUCCGUUCAAAUGCAUAUUGGGCAGCAGUGGUUAUCGUGCUUAUGACAAUAAUAACAGCAGGCGUGAUAAUACUAAUGUUGAAGAAAAAAAUUAAAUGUUCCCAACUACGAGCUGUGUUAAGGCGGUAUCUUAAUGAAGAGAAUGAAGCGCACAUCAAUGAAGAGGAUGUGAUGGGCAAACUCAACCACUGACAGUCCUGAUACCGCAGCCAAAGGGGGCGCUGUUGCUGGAGGGGGAUCGUUUAAGUGGAAAAACCCGUCUGUGCCGGACCCUGGCAGCGAUGUGGGCUGACAGCACUGGCGAAAUCACCUUUGGCGCAAGGGAGUGUGAGCUUGUCAUAUUGCUGAAGCGUAAAGGCUCCAUUGGGAACAUUUAUGAAGAGAUGAUAAGGCAGCUAUUACCGGAGAAGAGGUUCAGAGAGGCAGACCUGGAGGCUGUUCUGAUGGAACACUUUAUUGAUUCUUGACGGGUGCAGUAAAGGAAAUACAACAUUAGAUGAGUCGUUGAGGAGCCUUAUAAAGGAAGGGUGUUCUUUACUGGUUCCAAGCCUUCCUGACGGAUGUGAACACACUGUAGACUGUUUUGGAUCUGUUCUGAAGCUGCAAAGUGGAAGAGUCGCAGCUGAUGUCUUUCUAUGAAUCUUGCUUUUUGGUCUUUAAGCUAAUAAGAGAAGUCACGUACAAUUUAUUUCAAAUCACAAGCAUGCUAAAGGCACGUUCGGACAUGAGGAUAAAUUCCCUAAAGAUUACUAUAUUUGCACCAUUUGAAUUCUCAAAAGAUCAAAAUACUGUUCUGCACUUCUGUUAUUCAUUUCAAGUGAAGAUUUGCAUAGGUAAUCUUGUUGGAAGGGUGUUGGAAACGCCUGCAGGCAUACCAACUGCUUUUCAAGUGUAACGUAAUGAUUAGGCUGCCCAUUUUCUUCUGCGGUUCCUUUGAGGUGGGUUCAAGGUAGGUUCAUUUUCUUGUGCGGUUCCUUUGAGGUGGGUUCAAGGUAGGUUCAUUUUCUUGUGUGGUUCCUUUGAGGUAGGUUCAAGGUGGGUUUAUUUUCUUGUGCGGUUCCUUUGAGGUGGGUUCAUUUUCUUGUGCGGUUCCUUUGAGGUGGGUUCAAGGUGGGUUCAUUUUCUUGUGCGGUUCCUUUGAGGUGGGUUCAUUUUCUUAUACGGUUCCUUUGAGGUGGGUUCAAGGUGGGUUUGUUUUCUUGUGCGGUUCCUUUGAGGUGGGUUCAUUUUCUUGUGCGAUUCCUUUGAGGUGGGUUCAAGGUGGGUUCGUUUUCUUGUGCCGUUCCUUUUAUGUGUUUUCAAGGUGGGUUCAUUUUCUUGUGCAGUUCCUUUGAGGUGGGUUCAUUUUCUUGUGCGGUUCCUUUGAGGUGGGCACAGCCUGUUUCUCUUCUGAGAUCAUAUAAUGUGUAUAGGGUUUUAAUUAGCUAUGUCCUUGACUAAUCCCUUAUAGUAUUUCCACACGCAAUAGACAAUAAUUUCCCAUGGUCAUAUUUGUAAGCGAGGAAAAGGAUUGUCACAAACAUUGACUAAAUGGACCAUAAGAAAGCACUUAAUUUCAUAAAACAUUCCAUUUGUAUCACAUACAUGAAUUACUUCCAUUUGAGAAGUUAUGUUUUUAUUUGCACUGGGUAACAUAGCUGGAUCUAUGGCCCUAGUUUACUGUUUCAAAUGAAAUCAACACCUUGUGUCUGUUGCCUGUUAACCUGCAUUCUAAAUCGGAGAAAUACCACAGAGGCAUAAAAAUGAGUCCUUUAUAAAUAAUAUAUAAUACAAUAAUAUGUUUUAAGAAAAUUGUAUUAAAACUGGUAUAUAAAGGACUGCCUGAAAUCAGUUUUAUGUCACACUGGAUGUCUUGUGAACUUAUUUGGUCAUUUCUCCUCAUUUGUGGCAUAAAACUAAUGGAGCACAAAUAUACAAUGCACCGUAAUUAACCACAUAAUGUAUGAUUAUCCUUUAAAGACUGCUUGCUAUUGCCUAAUGAGGAUUUCAUGGUGUUAUUUUAAUGUAUUUAUGCUGCCCUCUGGUGAAGACAUAUUGGUAAAGGUGAAGCAGGUCUUUUCAAGGCCUGUGGCCAGCUUUAGAGCUAAAAAUUGGAUUCUGUAAGGUGGUAGGUGCUAUCUCAACACUUGAUCCACCAUGACCCUUUACUUAAAACUAAAUGUAAAAAAUGGUUCAAUGCAACACAUCCAGACACAUGGUAAUGCAAUUUCUGCUUAUUUAUAUGUGUAUGUAUAAAUUCCAGGUGUAGGUAAUGCAUUCCGUAAAGCAUUACCACACAUCUUGUGACUUUGAUUUCAUUACGAUGGCAUUAUUCAGAUUACAUGUCAGUUCAGUCUCUUGGUCUGGAUUAGCAAGUCUACUUUGUUGAACUUGGAAGUAUAUUUUGAGUUAUUUUGAACUUGUGUGAGUCUUCUCCAGAAGUUCCCCAAACACAGAUUUUGGUAUGGAUGUUAUAGGGCCUGAAACAGAUUACUUCUAAAGCACAACAAACAGAACAAACCAGCUGUGUGGAUAAAUGGGGCUUGUAUUCGAAGUAGCAAUUUAACAUUUAGAAGGCAGCUAGACAGUUCAGUAAUGAGGAAGUGAAUUUAUCUUGACCAUUCAUUAUGACAGCACAUUUGGAUACAAUCAAAGUAAUUGUGAUUGUAGUUGUUUCCACAGUACUUUUCAUAUUUUUGACAGUACAUUUGUAAAUAUCAUUGAUUAUACUGCUGUUACUGCUUCAUUUAU